UGGCUGGGGUAAUGAGGGUUUCUGUCGUAGAUGAUUCCUCUUAUCGUCUUUCAUCCCAAAGCGGCCUUCACAUGCUUCAGCUGCCCAGAGGAGGGGUCCUCGGAGUCGUGCUCGGCUCCCCCCACUCCGCAGGAGAAGGGGCUGACGUCCGAAGCAUUCCCCGCAAAGCUCUGAUCCCCUCAUUCUCCUUCACCCAGUUGGUUAGACCUCAGGAUCCCGGCCCUGCUCCAGCCCGAGCUUUCAGUUCAGCGAGCUUAUGACUUUCCCCUGCCGAGAUUUACUUGAUAUAGAAAUAAAAGUCUUUGCCGGCGUCAGCGUCUACAACCAGCGAAAGCUCUGAAAACAAGUUCACAGCAACAGCGACCGUAAUUAGUAAUGCUUACACCAGUGACAAUACCGUUGGCGUUAAUAAAGAGGGUUAUGAGCAGGAUAUUGAGGUGAACGCCCCACUCUGCAACUUGGCUUUAUGGAGUGCCAGAUAGCCUGAUACAGCAGCAACUUUAAGAAGGCCAGUGACUGGAGAAAGUCCAGGUGUUGGUAGAGCAUCUUUCUUGGGACAAUUCAUCUCUUUAGAAAACCGCAAAGAUCUUUUUUUGGCAAGUUAUUACAGGAAUUUAGACUUGUAGCAGCUGACCGAAGGUCCUGGAAGAUACUGCUCUUUGGUGCAAUAAACUUAACAUGUACUGGCUUCCUGCUUAUGUGGUGCAGUUCCACUAACAGUAUAGCUUUAACUGCCUAUACUUACUUGACCAUUUUUGAUCUUUUUAGUUUAAUGACAUGUUUGAUAAGUUACUGGGUAAUGAUGAGGAAACCUAGCCCUGUCUAUUCAUUUGGAUUUGAAAGAUUAGAAGUCUUAGCUGUAUUUGCCUCCACAGUCUUGGCACAGUUGGGAGCCCUCUUUAUAUUAAAAGAAAGUGCAGAACGCUUUUUGGAGCAGCCUGAGAUACACACGGGAAGAUUAUUAGUUGGUACUUUUGUGGCUCUUUCCUUCAACUUGUUCACGAUGCUUUCUAUUCGGAAUAAACCUUUUGCUUAUGUCUCUGAAGCUGCUAGUACGAGUUGGCUUCAAGAGCAUGUUGCAGAUCUUAGUCGAAGCUUAUGUGGAAUUAUUCCAGGACUUAGCAGUAUCUUCCUUCCCCGAAUGAAUCCAUUUGUUUUGAUUGAUCUUGCUGGAGCAUUUGCUCUUUGUAUUACAUAUAUGCUAAUUGAAAUUAAUAAUUUUUUUGCUGUAGACACUGCUUCUGCCAUAGCCAUUGCUCUGAUGACGUUUGGCACUAUGUAUCCCAUGAGCGUGUACAGUGGCAAAGUAUUACUGCAGACAACACCACCCCAUGUUAUUGGUCAGUUGGACAAACUUAUCAGAGAGGUAUCUACCCUGGAUGGAGUUUUAGAAGUUCGAAAUGAGCAUUUUUGGACCCUAGGUUUUGGCUCACUGGCUGGAUCAGUUCAUGUAAGAAUUCGACGAGAUGCAAACGAACAAAUGGUUCUUGCUCAUGUGACCAACAGGCUGUACACUCUAGUGUCUACCUUGACUGUUCAGAUUUUCAAGGAUGAUUGGAUUAGACCUGCCUUACUGUCUGGGCCUGUUGCAGCCAAUGUCCUAAACUUUUCAGAUCAUCACAUAAUUCCAAUGCCUCCUUUAAAGGGUACUGAUGAUUCAAACCCUGUCACAUCGACUCCAGCUAAACCUAGUAGUCCACCUCCAGAAUUUUCAUUUAACACCCCUGGGAAAAACAUGAACCCAGUUAUUCUGCUAAACACCCAAACAAGACCUUAUGGUUUGGGUCUUAAUCAUGGACACACACCUUAUAGUAGCAUGCUUAAUCAAGGACUUGCAGUUCCAGGAAUUGGAGCAACCCAAGGAUUCAGGACUGGUUUUACAAAUAUGCCAAGUAGAUAUGGAACUAACAAUAGACAACCAAGACCAUGAUGUACUGUAAAUUAAUUUAUUUUUAUGAGGAAUAUUGACUUCUUGACUUCCAAUUUAUUUAGUAAUCCAACUGUGCAUUGACUGUUCAAUCAUUUACUCUAAAUGUUAGAGAAUAGUGGGUUUGUUCACAUUACAUGAAACUGAUGAAGCUAUAUUUUUGUAAAAUGUAUUUGGGGCUGUUGAGAACCUUCUAAAUGUCAUAAGGUUUAAAUAGGCUUCCUAUAGAAAGCGUGUUUCUCUAAAUUUGAAUUUUGCUAUUUUUGGUUUUGUAGUUGACUGCAGUGUGAUAGACAUCAUCUUUACAAUAAGAGAACCACUCAAUGGAGCAGAUCUGUCACAUUAUUAAAAGUAUAGUAUUUUCUUCAGUGAAAUUUAUAAACAUAUGCUUCUUGAAUAAUGGUAUACAUUUUAGGAAAGGAAAAAAAUGUCCAUUUCAAAGUAAAAGUCUCUUUUAUAGCUUUUCCAAACUUAAUUGCUACAUUUUUCUUUGAGGUCCUCUUGAUUUAUGUCUUGCAAAAGGAAAGCAGAAUUUUUUAUCAGAAAUUUUAGAACAUAUUCUCCUAUCUAGCAUAAUUUGAAAUUUUUAAUUAUUCGUUUUUUAUAGUUUUUCUCAUUAAAAGAUUUCAGUACAUUUAUAAAGAGUCCGUGGUCCUCAAAGUGUUUUAUUUUGCUUAAAUGAAUACCAAAUCCUUUGGUAAUGUGAAAUGAAGGAAUCCCAGUUUUCUCUCUUACAUUUAAUCAAAUACUGACAUAAUAAAACAAACAAACAAAAAACACCAAGAACCCAAAUACUGACAUAAUGAUGGAAUUUAUCUUUUUCGUCACCUUUUCAUUAGUUGACUUUUUAAUCUCUCAUUUUAUUAACAAAAUAUAUCAAAUAUAUUACAAAAUCUAAAAUAUAUUACAAAAUAUAUGGAAUUCCAUGCGUAAUAUGGGAUUUGAUAGUUGCAUAAACAAUUUGAGUUUAUAUUAUAUAAUUUUACCAAAACAUAAUAGACCCUAGAUUAUAAAAUACAGUAUUGUUAGAUGUGUAACAGGCAAUUUCUAACUUAUUUUGUUUUGCUUUGUCGAAAUCAUAAAUUGUUAACCGUGAUGAAGUGUGAGAAUCAUGGAUUAUUUUAUUUUUUUAUUAUUUUCCAAAUGCAAAUGUUAAGGACUUGCCAACAUAGCCAGUAUUACAUAUAAAAAGUAUCACAAGCAGCAAAUGACAAAAAUUACCUGAGGUGUUUUUUGUUUUUUGUUUUUAUCAAGAGUUUUACAAUUAGAGUUUUAAAAAGGUAUUUUGAAAGUGGAUUCAACUUUUCUGGAAUCUAAUACUCCUGGAGAUUUAGGUCUUUUCCAGCCAUCAGCCAGCUAUGUAGAAAAGAUUUUUGUUUUUGAAGAAUUUGCAAGUUUCUUCAGUCAACUCAUCCUUUUUAAAAUAUGAGCAACACUUCCAAAUCGGAUUUCACAGUGGAAUCACAAACAUCCAAGAAGCCACCUCUGUCAAGCAGAACUGUCGUCAUCCUGUAAUAAAUAAGUGACCAUGUCCCAGCUUUUGCAUGGUGAGGAGUUGGUCAUUGUCUUUAAUAUCUGCAACCCUGUUCAGGCAUUUGACCUGCUGAAGAAAUAGAGCGCACACUACCUUGACUGCUGGGGAAAAUGAAACUUCAUAAAAUGUACUAAGGCAACCAAUUCCUUGUCCUUUGUCUUACGUCCUCCAACUAUUAGUAUACCUAUUAUUGGUCCACUAUUACAGGGUGAUUUUUCCUCCGUUGACCUCAUCCAAGUGGGUCGACUGCCCAUGAAAUCUGAAGAACUGCCAUGUACUGAGUGAUGAUUAAGAGGUCUGCGCUGCCACCCUUUGCAUGUCUUUUCCAUUCUCAUGGGAUUUUUAAAGUGUGCAGGUACUGAACACAAUUCUGCAUGAUGUUAAAUGCCUAUUUCCUCAACACCUCUUCAGAGGCAACACUUGUGUAGUUGUCCCAACAAAGGUGCUUUGAUACCCACCUACACUAUUUAAGAAAUUUCCUGUGGGUUCUAAAGGAAUUGGCUCUACUUGCUGAAAUUCACCCAUGCCAACUGCUGCAGGUGACAUUGGUCCAUGCAUUAUUAUAUAACGAUGUCUUAUUUGCCGAGCUCUGGCCAGCAUCUGGAUAUAAAAACAAGAAACUUGGCCAACAUAGGCCUAGAGGCAGUAUUCUUACUAGUAAAUCUUGCCAGUGUCACAUCAAGCUAAACAAAGAAAGAAGUUUGAAUUGACUACUUGGCCCAUGGCUUGUGAUUAAGAGCAAGUUCCAUGGAGUGUAAUUAACCCUGUCUGAGAAAAUACCAUACUGUAACAUACUGUAACAGAAAAAACGCUGGGCUAGAAGUCAAGAGAUUUUUAUUCUGAGCCUGAUGCUGCCACUAUGUAAGUAGUUUGGUUACCAUGGGCAAGUCAUUUAACUUCUCUAAGCUUUAUCAUCUGUACAGUUAGGGUGGGGAAUGAAUUAGUUGAUCUGUAAACUAUCAGCUCUAAAAUUUUAUGACUAAAUCUACAGAUUAUGCCCACUUGCUAAACAAUAUUGUGCCCAGAAUGUCCUUCCAGUGACUACCUCAGCAUACAGGCCAAGUGUUACCGAUACCAACACCCAAGCCAUUAAUUUGAGGUGCCAUGAGAAUAGAAGGUGAACUGCAGGCUAACAGCAUUUAGGUUCUUGUUUAUCUCAGACUUGCCUUGACUUAAAUCUGUUAAGAUCAAACAGAUUUUUCUUAGACUUCUUUCUUUGUGGGGAAGGAUUAUUUUGGGGGGUGUUGGAGAAAAGUUUAGGACAGGGUACCCUUAGAUUCGUAGGGUACAAAAGAAUGGGCUACAUUUUUCUUUCUUCCUUAAUCUCUGAAGAUACAGUUAGAAUUACAUAUGUGUAUCAGCAAAUGGAGAGGUCCUGAAUUUCAAGCCUCUGAUUUAGCUGCUCGUAAACUGCCAAUUUUUUGCUUGACUAAAGUAUGCUGAUCUUUUGGGGAGUCUAUCUGCUUCUUAUAUAAGGAAAUGCUUUUUACAUUCCAAAUUGUUUGAACCACACUGUUUGAAUAAAGAACAUACAUGGAGUUUUCUCUCUGAUCUUAAAUAA